AUGUCUGCAACCACACCCACGUCAGCUCCACCCCCCAAAAAGAACAGAGGAAAACAGGAGGUGGAGACUUUACAGGCAGCCAAUGAGGAGUUGAAGACCAAGCUGAAUGACUUGCAGAAUGAACUGCAACAGGAAAGGGCCAAGGUGUGUAAGUUGCGUGAGCGUGUUCAGGAGUUGCGUGCUCAGCGAGAGAGCGAACAGCACAAGCAUUCUGUGGCCCUGACAGAACUCCGUGUUAAGCUCCAUGAGGAGCGGCAGCGGGAAGUGGCGGCCACACGCGAGAGCCUAUUACGGCAGCAUGAGGUGGAGCUAGCCCGUUCAGCCCGCCUUCGGGAGGCAGAGUUCACCCGCUUACAGGCUCUGGUCACCGUGCUACGGGACGGUGCCAGCACUGAGGUGAGAAAUGCACUUAAGGAGGAAGCACGAGAGGAGGCACGGAAGGCCUACGAAGCCGAGCGCUUGCGCCUCACUCAGGAGCUACAAGAGGUCAAGUCGUCACGGCGACAGGCUGAGGAGGCACUAGCCAACGCGCUGCAGGCCGACAAAGCCAAGGCAGCCGAUCUCCGAGCAGCGCACCAGGCCCACCAGGAGGAGAUCCAGAGGAUCAAGCGCGAGAGCGACAAGGAAUUCCGCAGAUUGAUGGAGGAGCUGCGGGCCAGGGAUCGUGUGGUACAGACAUUAGAGAAAGAGCUGGGUGUGCAGGCAGGUCAGACACAACGACUGCUACUACAGAAAGAAGAGGCAGAACGCAAUCACGGCAGCCCAAAGAGAGAGGUCGCCCCAGCCCUGGGGGAGAAUGCAGAAUACACCAUCAGCCAGGAGACAGAUGAAAAGGACACUCGGAGGUUCCAGUUAAAAAUUGCUGAGCUUCAGGCCGUCAUCAGGAAACUGGAAGACAGAAACACGCUGCUUUCAGAUGAGAGGAAUGAGCUGCUGAAGCGAGUGAGAGAGGUGGAUGGGCAGAUGAAGCCGCUGUUAGAGAAGAAUAAAAGGAUGAGCAAAAAAAACGAGGACAUGCUGCAGACUCUACAGCGUAUGGAAGAUAAACUCAAGACUCUCAGCAGAGAAAAUGCUGAGCUGAGGGACAAGGCUCACUCAAACUCCCAGCAUGCAGUGCUAAAGAGACCCAGUUCUCUGACAGAUUUAAGCCAAGUUCACGAACAGCCUGAGGUGGAGUCCCUGAGGUUACAAGUGGAUGUGCAGCGUAACGUUACAGAGGAGCUAACACAGGAACGUGACAGACUGAUGAUAAACAAAAAAAACAAAAGGAAAGCACUGAAAUUGUCAAAGAGGCAUGUUGUGGAGACAUAUUUUGGGUUUGAUGAGGAGUCUGUCGAUUCAGAAACAUCAUCGUUGACCUCAUACAACACUGACCGAACAGACCACACCCCUGCCACACCAGAGGAGGAGCUUGAUGAUGGCUUCUCUCGUGAGGAAGCAGAGCUGCGUUUUCGUCAGCUGACAAGGGAAUACCAAGCAUUGCAGCGAGCUUACGCCCUCCUACAGGAGACCACAGGGCCCCUGGACCCUGAGAGGCACUGCAGGACGCGGGAGCAGCUACAGGCAGAGCUGACUGCUUGCCAGGCACGGAUUGCUGACCUGGAGAGAAGCUUGGCAGAGAAGGGGCAGGAAACUAAGUGGGUAGAGGAGAAACAGAAUCUCAUCAGAUCCAAUCAGGAACUCAGAGAGAAGAUAGUCUUGUUGGAGCAAUGUGAGAUGCGUUUGCGGUCAGAGGUUCGGGAUGCUCAGGAUCAGAAUGAGCUGCUAGAAUUUCGUAUUCUAGAACUGGAAGAAAGGGAGCGACGCUCUCCUGCCUUUAACCUACAGAUCUCUGCCUCUGAAAACAACAGCAGUUUACAGCUACACUGCCAACAGGAGGGAGUGAAGGAUGUCAUCAUUCCAGACUUAAUGAAGAAGUUGGACAUCCUGGGAGAUAAUGGAAACUUGCGUAAUGAGGAGCAGGUGACUGUGAUCCAAGCCCGCACAGUUCUCUCCCUCUGUGAAAAGUGGCUGAAGCAGAUAGACAGUACUGAAGCUGCUCUCACACAAAAGAUGUCUGAUCUGGAGAAUGAGAAGGAGCUGUUCAGUAAGCAAAAAGGUUACCUGGAGGAAGAACUGGACUACAGGAAACAGGCCCUCGACCACGCCCACCUGCGGGUCCAAGAGCUGGAGGCGACGCUCUAUGCUGCAUUGCAACAGGAUCCAGAAAAUAGAUUGGGUGAGAGUUUGACUGACAGGCAGCGGGCGGAGCUAGCAGAGUCAAUGGAGGCGGUGAGGAGGCAGAUCCUCAGACAGAGUCGUCAUGCUGACACACUGAUACUACAGCAACGCAUGGAGCUUCUGCACGCUGCCCAGCAGAGAAUAAGAGAACUAGAGGACAAGAUUGACAUGCAGAGAAGACAAAUCAAGGAGAUAGAGGAGAAGUUUUUGUUCCUGUUUUUGUUUUUCUCUCUAGCUUUUAUUCUUUGGCCUUAA